GUUCAGAUGUAAACAAAUACUCAUUAAGAACAAGAAAUAAUUAUUAAUUCCUAACCAGUAAUUUUAGUGUGUAUGUUGAGUUAUGUUUUAAGAGUCUAUCAAAACUUUGGGUAAUUAUAUCAGUGAUUAAAAAUUAAAGUUAUACUACAAAAAAUGGUAAAAAUUACAGUUUAUGAGCAAUAAGUAAAUAAAAUACACAAGUUGUUUUCUAUACAAUCUAUAGAAACACAUAAUUUUUAUUAUAAAUUAAGGUAAGAUGGCAUCAUCAAAUUAUCAUUUUCUUCCAGAAGAAACACAGAAAGAAUUAAAAAUCAUUGCUGAUGCAAUAGUAGCUCAUGGUAAAGGUAUUCUUGCUGCAGACGAGUCAACUGCAACAAUGGGUCGAAGAUUACUAGAUAUCGGUGUAGAAAACAGUGAAGAAAUGAGAAGACAAUACAGACAGUUACUGUUUUCAACUGAAAACUUAGGUAAUUCGAUAUCUGGUGUUAUACUAUUUCACGAAACAUUAUUCCAGAAAGCUGAUGCUGAAGAGACGCUUUUGGUGGAUCUUCUUCGACAACGAAAAAUAAUUCCUGGAAUUAAGGUGGAUAAAGGGGUUGUUCCCUUGUAUGGUACAGAGGACGAGUGUACCACUCAAGGUCUGGAUGAUCUCGGCCCACGAUGUGAGCAGUACAAAAAGCUCGGAUGCCACUUUGCGAAAUGGAGGUGUGUACUGAAAAUCGGUCCUCACACACCUUCCCAGCUGGCGAUUCAAGAGAACGCUAAUGUGUUAGCAAGAUACGCAUCAAUAUGCCAGGCCUACCGAAUAGUACCCAUGGUAGAACCAGAAGUGCUGCCCGAUGGGAGCCACAACAUUAUGGAGUGUCAGAAAGUUACUGAGAAAGUGUUAGCAGCAGUCUUCAAAGCUUUAAACGACCACCAUGUGUUUCUAGAGGGCACCAUCCUGAAGGUGAACAUGGUGACGCCUGGUCAGGCUUGCAAGAUGUUGAGAGCUUUACCCGAAGAGAUUGGCGAGGCAACUCUGCUAACGAUGCAGAGGACAGUUCCAGUGUCGGUGGCAGGUAUUAUGUUCCUGUCAGGAGGACAAUCCGAGGAAGAGGCGACUGUUAAUUUGAACGCUAUCAAUCAAAGUAAUGGCUUCAAACCAUGGCCUCUGACGUUUAGUUACGGGCGAGCACUUCAAGCCUCUGUCCUUCAGGCUUGGAGAGGUUCUGCAGAAAACAAAGGAUUAGCACAAGAGGAGCUUAUAAAAAGAGCUAAUGCCAACAGAGCUGCAGCUCUAGGAGAAUAUCAUAAAACAGAAGAUGAAGAAACCACAGCGGGGAAACAAGAUUUGUUUGUGCCUGACAAUGAAUACUAGAUGUGAAACUAAUGAAUCAAUUUUAUAAUAAUAGUGUAAUAGUGAUAGAUUCUUAAAUAAAUUUCCAUGUAACAGUAGACAGUACUUUAACGCUCUCAAAAGAAAUUAUUACAAGUUAACCAACAAUUCAAGUGCUGUUUGUUGAAAUCAACCAUUUUGUAUGGUACAAUCCAAAAAUCAAACAUAUUAUGCCUUCCAUAAAGUAUACUUGUCUAACCUUGUUAAAAAUUUAUUUUCUUACUUAAUCGAUAAAAAUUAUUUGUACUAUUGAAAUACUAUUUGACCAACAUUAAAUUCCACUUAUUUUACAUU